GGGAGGCAUUUGUGUUAGACACCAGUCCAUCCCUCUGACCUGCCAGAGACGUCGAAAGCAAAUGAAGAGUUCUAAGGAAGGACCAGACUAGCUGACUGAAUCCAGUCUGCACGGUAAAGAGAUGAGCUGAGGAUGAAAGAGCAGGAAUCUUCGCUGGUGCGACUGUCCUCUAGCAGAGAAACACUUCUCUCACUUUCACGCUGUUGUUUUCUCCCCAAUUUAACAACUAAACUAAAAAAUGUCAGGAAGACAACCCCAUUUCUAUGGCAACCUAACAGUGUUUUUGCUUUCUGCCAAAGCCAAUUGCAUUCUAAUUUUUAAACUCAUCGGGCUGCUGAACCUGCUAAAUGUGACUGUUUCAUGUCCAUUAAAAUGCUCUUGCAUUCAAGAGACUGGCUUUAUGCAAUGCCAUUUCCUUCAGGGCAUCCCAAAGGAUAUCCCUCACUGGGUACAAAACCUGUCAGUCAAUGGCAGUAAUAUCACCACACUCCAAGCUGCAACCUUCAGGAGUAAUGGAACUCAACUGAGCAACCUAACCACUCUUGUUUUAACUAAUAACAAGAUUCGGACCAUAGAAUCUUUGGCUUUUCAUGAGUUGCCUAACCUUAUUACCUUGGACCUAAGUUACAAUGUCUUACACCAUAUAUCUAACAACGCAUUUGUGGGACUGACUCAUCUGAAAGUUUUAAGACUAAACCAAGCCUUCUGGGGAGCAGACACAAAAUUAACAAAUAUGCGAUGGCUGAAAAACGUGAAAAGUUUAAGAACCUUGGAGAUAUUUGGCAAUGGUCUACAGUCAUUCCCAAGCGGACUUUUGGAAAUUGAGAACCUACAAUUUCUAAACAUUGGAAAUAAUUCCAUUAAAAUGUUUGACAAAAUGACAGUUUUAUGGUUUAAACGCUUGAACAUAUGGGUUUAUUUAAGUCCAAAUCCUUUAGUAUGUGAUUGUAAGUUAAGUGAAAUGAUUUCAUGGCUCCGGAACACAACCCAGGUUUUGGAUGCUCAGAAUCUCCUCUGUUUUGCUCCCGAAAACUUAAAUGGGACACGUGUCAACAAUCUCGAGCUAGAUAGCUUCAAGUGUCUCAAUGAAAACCUGGAGACAGCAUCAUAUGUGUUUUUUGGAAUAGUGCUAGCUUUGAUAGGGUUAAUCUUUCUCAUGGUCCUGUAUCUGAAUAGACGGGGCAUAAAAAAAUGGCUGAACAAUUUCAGGGAGGCCUGCAGGGACCAGAUGGAGGGUUAUCAUUACCGCUAUGAACAAGACACAGACCCCAGAAGGUCGAAUGCUGCAACUGGAAUUUAGAUUAACUGGAACAUUAGCCAUAAACUAAACCAAUACCUUUAAAAAACAGACCCCCCCACUUUUUUGGGGAUUGUUUAAGAGUUCACUUUCAAUGUAAGCUGGACAACAAAUAAGGGGAUGUUCUGGACAUAUGGGUGUGUUUGUAGAGACUGAUAUACCCCUUUCACAUCCAACUUUUUUUUCCUGGUGAGUAUAGAAAAGCAGGUUUAUUAGCUUUCAGAAAUGAUUGCAAAGCUCUGGACACAUAGUGUCACACGAGUACCGGAUAUACUGUAGGGGAUAUAAUGUAAAAAUAUUGCUGGGUAAAUCAACCAUCAUUAAACUUUUCUUUCAGGCGUCCAUGGUACUAGAAUGGUGAAAAAAAUAUAUUUGUUAUCAUCCAAUUCACUUACAAAAGCUCAGAAAUGGGAGUAAAAUCUGAUUCCUAUAGAAAUCAGUCAUUUUUAUUGUAAGGUCUGUAUUGCUCAUCAUUAUGGCAUUUAAAGGGUUAAAUGAAGUUAGAGUGCUGGUGUGUCUGUCCUCUGGCAGAGAAACACUUCUGUCACGUUAACACUGUUGUUUUCUCCCAAAUUUAACAACAAAACCAAAUAAAUGCCAGGAAGACACCCUUAUUUCUAUGGCAACCUAACAGUGCUUUUUCCCCCUGUCUCUUUACGACUAUUUCAUAUUUAGUGUAUCCACUCCUGUGUAUUUAACGUAUAAUAGAUUGAUCGUGUCAUCUGUACACUAACAAAGAUGAUUUAACUCUACGAGUGCCUGUUAAAAAGUAGGUGUUCUUGUGUGAUUGAAAGUGUAGUGCAUUCAAGAUGUGCAUUAACCCGAUGAUAGCACGGUCUGUAAGUUUGCCUUUUUUAAAAUAUACAUCAACAACGUGAUAGAAAGCAAAUGAACGCAAGAACUUUGUAUGGGUUUAAAUGGCAAAUGGAGAAUCAUUAACACAAUGAGGAUUCCCUAGUGCCGAGAAAAGAUGAGCUCCAUUUUUGAUCAGGUGAGAAGGUUGCUUAAAAGAGAUUUUUUUUUUUAAAUGAUCAAAAGAUACGUACCACAUCUGUAAAAUAUGAGACAAAGGAAAAGCAGAGCGACAAAAAAGUCAAAUUUUGUAAAAUAAUUUUUACUAUCAAUCACAUAAAGGACAUGGACAUAUUAGGAGAAUAAUGGCAUUAACUUAUAUUUAAUGACAUAUAAAUUUGGUGAUCAAAUCAGAAUAAAAGAAAAAGUGUUCAGAUGAGCUUUCUAUAAUUAAGGAAAUUUUAAAAGUAAAGCAAUCGCCAUGGAAAUCAAUGAACUGUUUAUAUCGAUGGCUCCAUUUCAAAACUUGGUCCCAAUAUGACUGUUCAAAGUGUCAGAUGUAUGUAUGGCUCAAAAUGAAAUGACAAGCAUGAGCUGAUCUGGGCUAAACGUCCAACUGACAGUGCUAUUCAGGUAUAAUGUGCUGCUAGGAAUGGAAUAGGACAGCAGACAUCCAGUGCCGUCAGGCACAUGACAGACACCCCACUAAGGUGAAUGCAGGAAGAUAACCCCAAAUUUGUUGGUACUGACCCAGAAAAUCCAUGUACAUUGUUCCCCAAGCAGGCAUCUCAUCCCAAGUAUGUCCUACUCAACAAAACAUUCUCAUUUCAUUACAAACUCACACCGUAAAAUAAAUAAAUACAGAAAUUAAUAAAUAUAAAGAGUUUUAUUUAACUUGCAUUUUCCCAUCAUUUAUUUUGUUUUGUUACCUAUCUCUGAGCUGGAAGAUUAAUCCCUGAAAACAGACUCCAAGUAAACAGAGUUCAGAGCGUUCAGUGUGACUGGUUUCAGAUCUGGAUUUGCAAAGCUGUUUUCUCAGAAUCCGUCAAAUUUCUUAUUAGCAACAAAAAAACAGUGAGGAAGUGUAAGAAAAAAAUAGCUUCGGGUGCUUUUCACAUGAGCAGUGCUUAAUCAUAGGCUGUGACACCAAAAGGAAAGCUCCUAAACAGAUGGUUUAAAUUACGUUUCCGAAUUAUGAGCAUGUGGUGUGCAGCCUUAGCGUAAUCUGUGACAUAAAGUGACAGAAAAUGAUCAGAAUGGGUUCCACGGAAAACAGCAACAGGCUUUAAGGGCUUGUUACAUUGUAUAAUAAAUACAAUCACAGAGUUUGGAAGUAAAGAAUAAUGAAUAACGUGAGGACAGAACCGAUAUAUAUAUAAGAUCCACGCCAUGUGGGGUCUUUAUUAAAAAAACAGAUUGUAAAACAAUAUUUUGUUGCAGUUUAUUGUGAUAUCUUUUUUACUAACACAAUUUUGGAAUUGGUGGAAAUCUCCUUUUAUUACAUCUAAAACAAAUGCAAUUCUUUCGAUUUAGUAAGUCUGCAGUUCCUCAGUUCUUUUUGUCAAAAAGAAAAUGGUAAUUAAAAAACGAGUUUUACAACAUGCUAUAAUACACCAUUCUGCAACCGUCCAUCAGUUAUCAUCAAACUACCAUAGACUUUAACUUUUGGAGACAAGGAAUCUAUUCCAGGAAUAGCAGAUCCACAGGUAUACACAUAUUGUAUGUAUGAGAUAGGAAUAACCGCUACAGUAAAUACAAUUUAGCUUUUAUAGAUCACACAUCCCAACUGACUCCAACAAUACUUGCAGUGGAACACAUUCUAGAUUGUAGUAAGAUCACUCUGACAUUCUACAGUUAAGAAUAUAUAUAACUCUAUAUGGAUAUUAUCUUCCAAAGGUAUUCCAGAAACAUUUAAGGUGUUUAGGAAAAAAAGAAGUAAGGUUACAGUUGUUUGUGUCUGGUUUUAUUUGCAAAUUUGCCUAGAUUUAAAAAUGGCUUCUAGGGGCAGGCAAAGAUAUAGUAAUUAGAAUAAUAAUAAUAAUAAUGAUAGAAUAGACUGCAUCCAAAGUAUGAACAGCUAAUUAAAAUAAUAAUUAUAAUAAUAUUUCAACUUCCGUAAGGACUAAGCAGAAUAUAAAAGGAAGGUGUAAAAUUCUCAUCAUAAAAUCUGCCUUAUCUACAGCAGCAGUUAUCCACACGAGUCGGCCAGUUUCGGUUCUGUCUAGAGAUCUUUCAAUGGAACAGAGUCUCCAGGUCAUGGUGGAAGAGCGACUCUGGCAGAAUGGAGCUUUCUGUAAGUAAGGAAGACCCAGUAAAAGUAGGAAUUUAGGAGGAGAUAAUAGUUUAACGAUAGAUAUAUAAAACCUGGAAAGCGAUACUGUUUAGCGAGUCUCUACCUCUUCCACCUGAGUGAAGAAUAUUCCAUCCGUCAUUAUUAGUAUUAUUAUUACUGACAUUAAUAAAGCACCAACAAAUGCGGUAGUGCUGUACAAUUGGGGGAAAAGACAAUACAAUAAACACAGAAUAAUAAAAAGUAAAGAGGGCUGUGCUUGUGAGCUGAAAUCUAGCUAUUGAAACUCUUGAAGCUACAAUCUGGUCCCACCUUCCUACCUCUGUAAGGCCAUUCUUAGCCUUGAUCCACCAGUCUUCUAUGUCAGGAAAUGAAGUGUUCAAUGUUUAGUGCCUAACAAGGCCUCGAUUUAUUAAAGGAACACUACAGCAUUACAAAUAUGUAUUCCUAACACUAUAGAGACCUAGCCACCAUUUAUGUGACCGGGUCACUGCUCCAAGGGUUGAAAAUUGUAGUUAACUCAUCUUAACUCAUCUUUCUUCUCUCUUUGAUCAUCAAGAUCGAUAAUUUCAGCCAAUCCAAUGCUUUCCAAGAGGAAAGCACUGGGAGUAUAGUGUGCAUGCUCGGUCUUGCACUCUUUCAGACCAUCUGACAAAAAUAGCAGAAUUUGACCCUGCUAUUUUAUGGAAGUCCCUCUAGUGGCCUUUAUAUUGACAGAGGCAGGUAAACCCUGCAAAGAAAACAUGACCCUUCCAGCAGAACGGCAAAUGUUUUCAACUGUAAGGUAAAAAGGCACUUUGCACCGAGACCACUUCAUUGCGAUGAUGUGGUCUGGGUGUCUGUAGUGUACAAUGAUUCAGAACUGUCAGAAAACAUUUUCAAUUGAUUUAUCUACAAAGAUUCCCAUAGAUGUUAAUGGUGAUGUGUCAAGAAAUGCUUUGGAACGUUUUACAAACAGUAUUGAAUCAAUUGGAAAGCUUUUUAAAUCGAGGCCAUAGCUUUGUUUUAUCCUCUACAUCUUAUAGACGUAUGACUCGGUUCCGAAAUGUUUAUAUUUCUUAUGUUUGUUUUAAUAAAUAAACUCCUCGUUGUGUUAAUUAUGGUGCUCUGAAAUUCUGUCAGUAGGUGGCUUGUAUGUAUUACCGAGCAGCGCUAUGCCAGCCAUCCUAGUUCUACGUAUCCAAUAUAACAAAGUCAUAGAAGAACAUGCUAGGGAUGGGUAAACAUUUCCUCAUGAGAAACAAAAAUGACUUUGUGAUAAAUAAUAAUUUGUUAUAGAAUUGUGUCAUUCUAAACACUGGAAGACAGCAUUAACAAGAAGAAGAAAAAUAAUGGAAAAAAAAUGAUGUGUAUUAUUUAUUGUGUUCGGAUAAUUGGCCAUGAUUUCCAUGGUAACUCAGUCCAGCUGGACUUGUCUGUACUGAAAGCCUUUCAAGGUCGAGAUAUAUAAAGUACUAUGUUUCAUAGCACAAUAAUGAAAAAUAAUAAUAAUAACAACAAGCUCAUAACUGGAAUCAGUUAGCAUUUGUUAGACUCGCUUUCCAUGGGUUAGUGAAUGCGCAUAACCUUGUUUAACAGCAGCAUGAAAUGGCAAAGCUUCUGAAAUAUCUACUAUUUAUAUGAACUAUUUUACAGGUAUUUAUAACGUUCAGAAGUUUUUGAUUGAAAUAAAUGUGUAAUUAUUUUAUUUCUCAUCCUUCGCAAAUUUAAAUAAUGGAUAUCUGCCAUGUGUAUAUGUAGAAAUAUAAUAGAAUUUUAGCAUAUUUAUUAUAAAUUCUAAAACUGAUUAUUAAGAAAAUACAAUAUUUUAACAAUUGUCAAGGAAGUAAACUAAAAUGAACAAAGUGUGUACCUCUUGCCAGCUGUAUGCACGUCUCGCUCAUUUACUAGUGAAGCCCAUUUAGUACCCUGUAACAGGACUCCUAGCUUGAAAGCCAUAUCUUCAUAUACAGUGCCUCGAGUAACAGGACUUAGAAUGUAAGCUCUUAUGGGCAUGCGCUCAAUUUGCUUUAAAAAGCUAUCUGUGUACAGUACAUGUCCUCUCUCAUACUCUGUGUAUUCUAUUGUAUCGCUAUAAAAUAUAUGUAUUGUAUGUCUCAUACAUUAGGUUUCAUUGUAGGGCUUAAAGGUUGUUUAAGAAACCUGGGCCCAAUAAAGAUUCAAGGAACCUCA